UUAAGCACAUGCGACCAACCGACCGACCACACCAACAAAACAAAAAAAUAAUAAAUAAUAAUAAUUUAACAUGUACUCCUUCGACAUAAAAGAUUUGCCGGGAAAGGGACGGGCUAUGGUAGCAACAAAACUAUUCAAUGUGGGUGAUACAAUCUUCGAGGAAGAACCUUUUGUGUCAUCUCAAUUUUCUUGGAAUGCUGCAUACGGUUAUGCUUGCUGUGAUCAUUGUAUGAGACCCUUGGAAACAGUCACAGAAAAUGUCCGUCGUCUAGCUAGCAAACCGGCUUUGGUGGUUCCACUGACAGAGCACGACCCCACCAAGCAAUGGUUGGAGCAAUUCACCGUGUGCCCUAAUUGUAAGAUACGUUACUGUUCUGAAGAUUGUAGAAUAGAGGCGUUAAAGAAAUAUCAUAAGGUCUCCUGUAUGGGCAACUAUAGACAAGAUGAUACCCAUCCCAUUAAUAGAUUGAAUGAAAUAUGGAAAAAAAUGCAUUAUCCUCCAGAGACUGGUACUAUUAUGCUUCUGGUUCGCUUAAUGGCCAUGUACCAACAGUCCACAAAUAAAACAGAAUUUAUGGAGUCUUUGCAGUCAUUCCAAUCAUUGAUAGUUAACAAGGAACAACAGAUUCAUCACAAAAUGUUGGGUGAGAAUUUUGAACAGCAAAUGGAACAAUUAUAUGCUGCAUUCUGUGAAGCCUUCCAGGGUGAAGAUUAUCAAUUGUUUACAACACCUGAAGCAUUUAAGAGUCUCAUGGGUUUAGUUGGUACAAACAGUCAAGGCAUUGCGACCAGUGUCUUGGCUGAAUGGGUCAAAAAAGUAUCUGAUUUACCUAUGCCAGAAGCUGACAAAUGCAAAUUAGAUGAAUAUAUUGAUGAUUUGUACGAAAAAGUAGGGGAAUUUGCUGGCGAAUUCCUGAAUAACGAAGGGUCUGGUUUAUACCUAUUACAAAGUAAAAUAAAUCAUAGCUGUGUGCCAAACGCUCAAUCAACAUUUCCUUACUCCAAUGACAUUGUGGUAUUGAAAGCCACAAAAAUCAUACAACCUGGAGAGGAGAUAUGUAUUUCAUAUUUGGAUGAAUGCCAACUCGAGAGGAGUAGACAUUCAAGGCAAAAGAUCCUAAAAGAAAACUAUAUAUUCCUAUGCUAUUGCCCAAAAUGUCAAGAACAAAUUGGUGAUCCCGAUGAAACUAGUGAAGACGAAGAUGAUAUGGACAUGGAAGAUGAUGAUGACGAUGUUAUGGACGAUUAAAAAUGUAGUAACAAACAGCUUUCAGCAAUAUGUAUUUGUUUAAUAUACUAAAAAAUAUGCAAAAACAUAUUAGGAAAAAUGCUACUCAUAAUGAUACUAUUGCCCUUCCCCCUUUUGCGAGUAUAUAAUAAUGAAGUGUUUUUGUUUUCCCCAAGUGUAUUUUAUAAACUAUUUACACUACAGAUUUUAAAUAUUU